GUAUAGAAGUCAAAACACAAAAAAGAAAAACGCAAGAAGGAAAAAAGGAAAUGCUUGUGCUAAGCCAAGCUCCAGGGGGAGCUCUAUCGACCAAGAGAUGUUCCCUCUCAUCCCCUCCCAUUCCCAACUUCAGCAAACCAAAUCCUCUCCUCUUCUCCUACCGCAGACACAAAUUCAGUCCCAGGCCCUUCGUCAAUCUCACGCUCGCAACCAAACAAGAUAUCUCUACCUCCUCCUCCUCCUCCACCAAUCCUUCCCCUUUUCAAAAUGACCAAGAAACUGUUUUCGUGGGUGAGGAAAAUGUUCCUUUGGAGGGGGUCAUCCAGUUUGACAAACCCACUUCUUCUUCUUCUUCUUCCCGUUUAGACAAAUGGGGUCGGGUUGCUUUGCUUGCUGGUGGGGAUGUUCUGGCUUUGCUUUUGUUCGCCGCAAUUGGGAGGUUCAGUCACGGCUUCUCUGUCUUUGACGCUGAGACGCUGCGCACAGCGGACCCUUUUAUUGCCGGGUGGUUUUUAAGUGCUUACUUCCUCGGAGGUUAUGCGGAGGAUGGCCGUGGAAUGAAUGGUCUUUCAAAGGGCGUCUUUGCGGCUGCUAAAUCAUGGGGCCUAGGAAUUCCGCUGGGGAUAAUUAUAAGGGCGGCAACCUCAGGUCGUUUUCCACCUUAUAACUUUAUAGCAGUAACAAUGGGAAGUACUGCUGUUUUACUCAUUGGAUGGAGAGCAAUAUUGUACAAAAUUCUUCCGAAUGAUAAGAGAAAGACAAGUGAUGUAUAUCGUCGUGGCAACCCAUUUGAGUUGUUUGAGUUACUCACAUCAUUGGUACGAAGGUGGUGAUGACAAAAGCAAUUUCAUUUAUUUCUGUACGAUCGUAUCCUCAACGCAGACAUCAGUUUUGUCAGUGCUUUUCUUACUCCUUGCACUCACCUGCUUAAAUGUAACAGUUGUGAUAUCUUGAUUAGAUCUGUAUCUAAGUCAAAAUUUGAUUUCUUGA